CCACACUUGGUAUAUUUCUACUUUACCGGGUACCUUAAAAUUCAGUUUAUUUACUUUAUUUUAUUUCAUGUUCUAUGCUAUAAUGAAGUAUUUUUAAUUUUUUAAAUUAUCAUAUAACGGAUGAUGUGACUUACAGUAGAUGAAGCACCGAACAGGAGAACAAAUAGAUAUUGACACAAUGUCUUUAGUUCAACGGAAGUCGAGGAAAGCACUAGAUACCUGUAUUCAUACAUUGUGAUUUGUAAGCUUUACAGCCUACAUAUAAGUUAUUGGACUUAGAAGAAUAGAAAAAUCAAAUUAGUUAACAAAAGACAUAAACAUAUUUACUUUAGAAUCUUCAAAACGGUUUUAAAGUGUUAAUUUAUACAUUACAAAGUAUUACGCUAUUGCAACCUUGCAGAUCAUUAAAUUUAUUGGCAAUCUUCAGUAGAAAUUAAACCAUAAUUCAAGCUGAAUAGAGAAAAUAGGUCUUGGUUACCGGAGAUACGGGUCAAUAGAAUGGACUUAGGAGACCGGAGGAUCCGUCGUAAUAAACCAAAAAUCAAAUGUCAUGAGAGAAAAAACAAUCGCAAAGAAACCUAUCACUUGAAGACCAAAGGAAAAAUAAAGUGUCCGGAUAAAGCGACGACGAAAAUCCAAAAACCUGCUCAAUUCAACCCUCUAAUGACGGUAUUGAUGAGUUCCCGGCCUCAACUUGAUCAGCCAACGAGUGAUGGGGUUUGUACUGAGAGAGUGCCGCUGACUACGUACAGGACCGUGGUUCUGGAACUUCCCGAAAACUUGCAGUAUAAACCAGCCGUAAAGAAGUCAGCACUUGCCUGCAAAUUAGCAACCCGCAAAUGCAUUGUGCCUGACCCUAAUAAAUUAAAAUUGAGCUUGAGAUGGUAAAUGUACGUGUUGUAAAAAUAAUGAUUAUAUAAUAAGAAUCAGCGAUUAAGUUGUGUCUUUAAUAAACGUGGUCGGUUUUUUGUGUUUUA